CUGCCCCCAGUGAUUGAAAAACAUCGGGGAAAUAUUUUUUCAUCCCUUAUCACGAGGACUGGAAUUACGAAAUUACAUUUGUAGUGAAUAUCUAGAAAAUGGCCUAUAAUUUUCCAGGAAUGCCUGCUAUGACACCAAUUGGAAUGGGUCCAAUGGGUCCACUUGGUCCCCUCGCCAGUCAUCAAGGCUUCAUGGAGCUGGCUAGUCAAGGUUUUCCCCCACUACCUCCACCGCUACCCCUACCUGGUAUGAAUGACUCUCCCCUUGAGUUCAGCACGAAUAAAAAUCAGCCCCCAGCAGUUCGCGAAAGUACAGAAGAAUCGACGGAUCGUAGGGGCGAUAAAAACGAUAUCAGAAGAGAUCGAGACACUCGAGACUCCCGAGACUUGAGAGACAACAGAGACAGCGGCAGAAGAUCAAGGAGCGACAGGAAUGAUCGAAGGGACCGGGAUAGAAGGGACGACAGAAAUGAUCGAGAAAGAAGGGCUGACGACAGGAGAAUCGAGGACCGAACGGGUUCAGCAAAUAGUAAUCAUAAUACCAAUGAGGUAACACCUAUAACACCAACAGUUACCACCAGUUCUGCCAACGUCUCACAGAUUGAUCAGACGUCUGGUGUGUGGGGCAUGGGGGUGGAUUACUCGAUUAUGGGAAUGAGUCCGAUGGGCGCGAUGGGCCCAAUGCUGGGGGAGAUGAGUCUUCCGCAUAUGGGCCAUGGGUAUGGACCAAUGGGAAUAGGAAUGAUGCCUCAUGAUGGCAGCAUGCUUGCCCCACAAAUUAUUCCUCCUGAUACUAUUGUCAGUGAUAUUGCUGCACAGAUAAUGGGCAGUGGAAUACCGCCACCACCUUCUGCUGCUCCACAGACUACUAAGGAGAUUGUUCAUCUCAAGAGCUGUACACUGAUCCCUCCAAAUCCUAAUGCUCCACCACCGACUACUAGGGAACGACCGCCUGGAUGUAGAACUAUUUUUGUUGGAGGAUUGCCUGAGAAUAUCACCGAAUCCAUGAUCCAAGAGAUAUUUGAAAGAUGCGGAGAGAUCACGACUCUUCGUUUAUCCAAGAAAAAUUUUUGCCAUAUAAGAUUUGCAACUGAAUCCAGUGUUGAUUCCGCCAUUUUCCUCUCGGGGUAUAGGAUCAGAAUCGGAUCCGGCAUCGAGACCGCCAACACCGGAAGACUUUACGUUGACUAUGCGCAUAUCUACGCAAGAGACGAUCAGUAUGAGUGGGAGUGUAAACAACGGCAAUUGCAACGUAUUCAGCGGCACAGGGAGCAGGUAGAAGAGGAGAGACAAAGAAUGCAGUCUAGUCCACCACCAGUUGUCCAUUACACUGACUACGAGGCUUCCAAUAUCUGUGAAAAAAUUAAACAAGAUGAUACGUUUAUGAAAGCUGUUCAGAUUGUAGUGACAUGGCUGGAACGUGGAGACUGUACAAAACGUAAUGCCAAUACCUUUUACUCGAUGAUUCAAUCAACGAAUUCCCACGUUCGGAGGCUGUUGACAGAAAGAGUAUCAUACGAGGAAGACCUCCAGAGAGCAAAAGAACUAAUGAAGGGUCGCGUACAGGGACUCCUGAUACAAUUCAGUCAGAUCGAACGUGUAUUCACGGCGGCCAGUCACAAGAAGGUUUGGGAUCAUUUCACCAAGGCACAGAGGAAAAACAUCGAGAUGUGGAAGAAACAGUCCUCGGAGAUCAAGACUGUACAGCUGGAAGAGGCGCUGAUGGAAGGGGAAGGGGAGAUGGAGGUCUCUGAUUCUGAAGAGGAGCCGCUGAGGAAGAGAACGAGAACACUGCCUGACUCCGAUGACACUGCCAAGCUUCACGCUCUCAAAGAGGAAGCUGACAGUUUGAGAUGUCAAUUGGAAGCAUAUAAAAAUGAGGUGGAUUUGUUAAAAUCCGAAACCAAACUCGAAAUGGAUGGCAAAGACAAACAAAUAAAGAUGUUGCAACAGACUCUGAAGGGUAUGCAGGAGCAGUUGAUGCAGUCAAGAAAGCAACAUGGUCAGGAUGAUCAAAAAAUCAGAGAACUGAUGACCAAGUUAAAUUCUACCAAGAAUAUCGGAUCAGGUGAAAGUGAAGUCAUAACCCUCGAUAAGGAUGAUGAUGUUAGCGAGGAACCACGGACUCCCAAACCUAUCGCGACUGUGCCAGGACAUGUUCAAGUCACCCAAAAGGAUGCUAAACUAAUAGGUUUAAUAGCGACAUUUCUACAUAUCCAUCCUUUUGGAGCUUCUGUCGAUUAUGUAUGGUCUUAUUUACAAAAAAUGGAGCCUGGUAUAAGACCAAAUGAAGUAGAAGCCCUGAUGCAGCGUUUCCCCCAAGUAUUCAAGCAAGAAUUGUCGGGAAUCGGUGCAAACAUGGAGAGACGUUGGCAAUUCUCUGGUUUUAACAUUCGUCAGCUUCACUGACCAACUACUGCGAGGCCGGCCUCGCACAGAACCUCAGACGAUCAGAGAAUUAUCAAUCAUACCCCACCGGAUGGAGAUACGUUCGACGAUCUCCAGAGCUCCUGUGAUGCUGAUCAUCCAUAGGAACAAUUAUUAAUUAUAUAUGAUAUUUAGGAAAAAACAAAAAGCGCUUUUAUCACAGUUUUGCCAUAUUAGUGUGUAAUAUUCUUUGAUUGUUAUCACUCGAUCAUUCGGUUCACAUUUGAUACACAGAGUGCAAUAUUUAUGUGGAUUUGAUAAUUCAUGUGUUCAGGUGAUGUUAUGGAUAACUGGACUCUUCAUGAAUUCAAAUAUUAUGUAGUGAUACAGAAAUAAAAGUAACUGAUUGUGAGAUAUUGAAAAGAAAAA